GUCGAGCCGAGUGCAUGGGACGUGGAGCAGACCCAUCUGCUUGCGCCGCCAUUAAGCCCCUCUUGGGUGUGCUGUCCCUGUCUUCGGUAGCCAGGCACGUCCGAGCGGCCACGUCGGAUCUGAGCACCCUCGGUCAGAGCUAAGAAAGACGAGCCUCCUCGACCUCACCAUGGCCUCUGCAGGUUUACAAAUCCUGGGGAUCGUCCUCACCCUGCUGGGCUGGAUUAAUGCCCUGGUGUCCUGUGCCUUGCCCAUGUGGAAGGUGACUGCCUUCAUCGGCAACAGCAUCGUCGUGGCCCAGACAGUGUGGGAAGGGCUCUGGAUGUCCUGUGUGGUACAGAGCACUGGCCAGAUGCAGUGCAAGGUGUACGACUCUCUGCUGGCACUGCCCCAGGACCUACAGGCCGCAAGAGCCCUCUCUGUCAUCACCCUCCUGGUUGUCCUGAUUGGCCUGCUGAUCUACCUCGCCGGAGCUAAGUGCACUACCUGUGUAGAUGACAAGGUUUCUAAGGCUCGCCUGAUGCUCACCUCCGGGAUCAUCUUCAUCAUCUCAGGCAUCCUGACCCUCAUCCCUGUCUGUUGGACUGCCAACUCCAUCAUCCAGGACUUCUACAACCCCUUGGUGGCUGAAGCCCAAAAGCGGGAGCUCGGGGCCUCCCUCUACCUAGGGUGGGCAGCCUCAGGCCUUUUGCUGCUGGGUGGGGGGCUGUUAUGCUGUUCCUGCUCCCCUGGAGGGCCCCGGGGACCUGGCCAUUACAUGGCCCGCUAUUCUACAUCUGCUCCACAUUCAGCCUCUCAUGGGCCAUCUGACUACCCCACCAAGAAUUAUGUAUGAUGCUGAUCAGGGAAUGAGGCUUUACUGGCCAGGGUGUCUUAAUGCCCAUGAGCUGAUGCCUGAGGUAUCUUUGGGGUUGGUAUUUUUUGUUUUGUUUUUGGUUUUCCCAGUGAUGGCUAUCGAACCUAGGGCCCCACACAUUUGGUAUGCAGACACUCCAUAUCAUUGAGCUAUAAGAUAAACCCUGCCCCUGGGGUUGGUUCCUUCAUCUUGCUUUUGUGAUCAGGGUCUUAUGUAGCUCCAACUGGCCUCCAACUCUAAUUCUCCUGUCUCAACCUGAGUCCUGGAAUUACAGGUGUGUGCCACCAUACCUGCCUCUUAUCUUCUGUUUUUGUUUUUAAUCUGGAGAAGGGCAGUCUUUUCAAUCCAAGUGAUAACUAAGUCAAGAUCCCUCCCUCCUGCCCAGCUCUGCAGUUGGCAUUUCUCACCUUUAGAUAAUGAAGCUGGGGGUGUAAAUCUUGAGGUUCUGUAUCUUUUCACUCUUGGGCCUCUGCUGUGACACCUGUGUGAAAGCUGUUUAUGGCUCUGGCCUUUGCAAUCACAAGGUGGACUGUCCCAAGAGUUCCUGCUGCUGUUGGAGGUUGGACUUCCCUAAACUUGCAGAAAUAGACACACCUCUUCCUGGUCAGAUCUUUCCUCCCAGCCCUGAAAGGGCCCGUAAUAAGUUAACCAAAGAACUGUCUAUUCCAAGUCUUCCGACUUUUGACCCCUGCAUCCCAUUUCCAAGGUUAUGAUGUAUCCUCCCCAAGUCCAUUCCUGGCUAUGCUGUACAUUCUCCAACCUUGCACACUUUUGCUCUUUCCCUGUCCACCCAAUGUUUUACUAAAUAAAAUGAAUUUUAUGA